AUGUACACACAGACACAUGUACAUGCAUACACACAAACACACAUGUACAUGCACACACACACACACACACACACACACGUACAUACACGCAGACUCAUGUAUAGAUACACACAUGUACAUACACACAGACACACACACACACCCCUAUAAAAAGUUGCAGUACUUCAUUGUUCACUCACAAAGCUGUGUACUGCACUCUAGGGGGAGGCAGAGAGCACAGCACACACUCCUUCCUUUGCUUUCACUGCGCUCAGCUAUUGAGCAGUCGGACGGCUUCCAGUGCCAAUGACAGAUCCGGCCUGAGCUCCGAGCCUGCUUAGCAAGCCAGCCCUGGGGGACACACUCGCCCCCACCAUAAUUUCCACUCGCCAUUGGCGAGCAGGCAAGUGGAAAUUUCAAGGCCUGAUAUA